CUAUUAUGGGACUGCUUCCACAAAAGCAAGACGUUGCAGGACAAUGCGGCUGAAGCACUGACACGACAUGAGCUUGGAUGUCUUGAAGAAGGAGAUUCCAGAGGAGAGCUUCAGCUGGACUGGAGUUUACAGCAUAACGGCAAAAUUAAACCAACUAUCAUGGACGCAGAGACCAGUUUCAGACAGAGAAACAGCUUUUCACCGCACACAGACACUGAGUUGUUCUCGUCUGAAGAGGACAGCAGUCUCUACUUCACUUACAGCGGAGAGGACAACGAGCUGGAAGUCACCAACUUGCACUAUGAGGUGGACACAGCGGCUCAGAUUCCCUGGUAUGAGAAGUUGGCUGAGUUCAAAUUGCCUUGGGAGGUAAAAGGGAACAAGCAGACGGCUAUCAACAACCUAAGCCUGCGGGUCUGCAGCGGACAGAUGUUGGCAGUCAUCGGCAGCUCAGGUUGCGGGAAGACGUCUCUGCUGGAUAUCAUAACUUGCCGGGACGAGGGCGGCACAAUGACCACCGGUCAGGUUCUGAUUAACGGGAAGCCCAACACACCGCAGCUCGUGAAGAAGAGCAUUGCUCAUGUUCGUCAAAAUGACCGGCUUCUUCCUCACCUCACUGUGAGGGAGACUCUCUCCUUCGUGGCCAAACUAAAACUCCCAACUCACUUCACACAGGCCCAGAGGGACAAGAGGGUGGAUGAUGUUAUUUCAGAGCUGCGGCUGCCGCAGUGUGCACACACCAGGGUGGGAAACGACUACGUUAGGGGUGUUUCUGGGGGAGAGAGAAGAAGAGUCAGUAUAGCUGUUCAGCUUCUCUGGAACCCUGGUAUUUUAAUCCUGGAUGAACCCACCUCAGGUCUGGACAGCUUCACAGCCCACAAUCUGGUAAUAACUCUGUCCCGCCUCGCCAAGGGGAACCGCCUGAUCCUGUUGUCGGUCCACCAGCCUCGAUCAGACAUCUUCCAGCUCUUUGACCUCGUAGUGCUGCUUUCUUCAGGCUCAGCCGUUUACUUUGGUGCAGCUCAAGACAUGGUUCCUUAUUUCACUGCUCUUGGGUACCCCUGCCCACGAUACUGUAAUCCUUCCGAUUUCUACGUUGAUCUGAUCAGUAUAGACCGGCGAAGUCCUGAGAUUGAGGCUGAGGGAUUGGAGCGGUCCAGACUUUUAUCUCAGCAGUUCAAGGAAAAGGUUCAAGACACUGAUGACCACAUGUGGAAAUCAGCCGAAACCAGUGCAGCACAUAUAGAGAGCCCUCAGCAGCCAAGCAUAAACAGAGAGGAAGGCAUCACUAUUUUCAAGGAAAGUAACAAGCUGCCUGGAGAACUGCAGCAGUUUACAACCCUCAUCAGGCGUCACAUGUACAAUGACUUCAGAGACCUAGUGUCCUUGUUGGUCCGUGGCUUCGAGGCCCUGCUCAUGUCACUGCUGGUUGGUUUUUUGUACUACGGGGCUGGGGAAGAGCGUCUGAACAUCCAAGACACAGUGGCCCUCCUCUACAUGAUGGGGGCUCUCACGCCGUUCGCUGUGGUGCUGGACGUCAUAGCUAAAUGUCACACAGAGAGGGCCAUGCUCUACCAUGAGCUGGAGGACGGCAUGUACUCCGUCACCUCGUACUUCUUUGCCAAGGUCUUGGGGGAACUACCAGAACACUGUGUGUUCACCCUGGUCUAUGGUCUGCCCAUCUACUGGUUAGCAGGGCUUAAUGAAGCUGCGGACCGGUUCCUGCUCUUCUUACUGCUGGUGUGGCUGAUGGUUUACGGCAGCCGAGCCAUGGCUCUGUUUGUGGCCGCUGCGCUGCCCACCCUGCAGACCUCUGCCUUCAUUGGCAACGCCUUGUUCACAGUCUUCUACCUGACUGGAGGCUUCGUCAUCAGCCUGGAGAAUAUGUGGCUGGUGGCAUCGUGGCUCUCUUACGCCUCGUUCAUGCGUUGGGGCUUUGAUGGCAUGCUGCAGGUGCAGUUCAGGGACAAUAAGUACCCUGUCACAAUAGGAAACUUCACAUUCAAUGUCAACGGCAUAUAUGUGGUGGAGGCCAUGAAAAUGAACCAGUACCCUCUGUUCUCCUGCUACCUGGUGCUGGUGGCAGUUUGCUUCGGCUUCAUGGUGCUGUAUUACAUCUGCCUUAAAUUCAUCAAACAGAAGUCCGGUCAGGACUGGUGAAAACAAUUAGAUCACAUAUCCACACACUUUUCUUUUCUUUUAAACGUACUCUGCAGAGGAUUUGUUUUGUAAAAGUGGACAGAUGUUCGACUGGUUCGACACAAAACAUUGUGGAUUAUACUGUUCUUAUUUUCAUGUUUGGGAGCUAAAGUCGAGAAGAAAAAGCUAGUUUCUUUUUUUUUUAAAUUGCAUUUUCAGAAUAAUUUGUUCCCUUCAAAACAAAGCAAACUGUUUGAUAUCUUCAAUCUAAUUUGGUAUGGUAAUUUGGGCAUUAUUUUAGUCAUUUCUGUUUUUAAUUCUUGCUGUGAGAUAAAUUAGUUGUUUCUGUACCAGUGUGUGCUGCUGGAUGGCAGCAGAGUACCACAACAACAUCCAGAUGAUGUUUUUCCCCUUUUUUGGAAGCGCUACACUGGCAGAUAUCCAUCUGCAGCUUUUGCUUGUUCCAUUUUCAGCCUCCCCCCCCUCCCCAACAGCUUUUAUUUGUUUUUUGGUUGUUUAUUGGAGAUUUUUAAAGUUAGUCUGACAAUGUGUGUCUGUACGUAUGGCAGUAAAAACCAAAGUCUAGUGCAGAUUUAGUAAGUCACGCUCAGAAAAAAGUGUAAAACCUGUACUUAUGUAGUUAUAUAAGGUGUAUGUUUUUCCACUGGUGCAAAGACUAAAUUACUGAAUGUUAAACCAACACUGUAGCUUUAGUCCAAAUUAAGAAUUAAAUUAAAUUGCUUUGA